CCAUAUUUAGCUCAGUGUAAUCAGUGUGGUGAGAGCCCGCAUGCCCGCUACUCAGGAUACCUGCCUACCUAGUAUAAACACACCUGCUCUUUCUGAUGGACCUAAAAUGAAUUUAAUGUGCACCUGAAGGAGUCUGCUCGCAACCGUCGUCAUCAAAUAGACUGAGGUGUCCAGGGACAUGAAACUCAAUCCACAGCAAGCUCCACUGUAUGGGCGGUGCGUUAUCACGGUGCAGCUCGCUGAUGAAGAGCUGGCUACAGAUGAGGAGGGCGUGGACUACUUCUUGCUGUUUGCUGGCAGCACACAGAGGCAUCUGACCAGCACCCUAAGGAGCAGUCAUGACACCUUGGAGGCGCUGUGUCCCGCUCAUGACUGUUGCGAGGUGGUGUUGGUCACCUUGUGUUCAGUCAGCCGAGGUGUCCCCGAGACCAACGAGGACCUAAAGCACUGUCUGGGUCGUGUGGCCCCAUUGGCCGAGCAUCGAUUCAGCUUUGUCCAGGAUUUGGCUUUCGACAUGGCCCAGUUCCUGGUGAGCAACAAGAUGAAUCACGUCCAAGUGAGCACGGCGGGCCGGGCUGAUGGCCUCGAUGGGGCACUGCUGCUGGAUGAGUGUCAGAUUCCCCUGCAGGAGUGUGAACGUCUGGAUGAGAGCUUGGCGCUGGCCCUCCACCAUCUUGUGCUGCCUCCAGGAUGGAGCUUACUGGGGAAAGAACUAACCAACAGCACUGACCUGAAACCUCAAGAGACUCUGCUGCAUUUCUCAGCACGUCGAGGUCUUUUCCGGGUUACGCACUUCCUGCUGCAGCAGUCUGGAGCGAGAGAAGCCCUGCGAUUGGCCAACAGACAAGGCCACACCCCCUCUGCCAUUGCAGCCCUGCGAGGACAUGAACGCCUCCUCAAGCUCCUCACACAGGCUCAGACGGACAAAGGGACUGAGACUGUCCAGCUGGUGUCAACGGACGCUCGGGUAGUUUGCCACCUCCCCAGGCUGAACACACACAGUCUGACGCUAAGGAUCCCUCCCGGCCACGACCCUCCAAACCUUCAGCGGAACGUAGGCCAGCUGCUGCACUUAAUAUGCCAUCUCCAUGCCAAGGGAGUUUGUGUACUGGAGCUGCAGUUUGAUUCUCUGCACACAGCCGCUGAAUGUUGUGAUGGUGUAGAAACAGAGAUAACCUGUCUGGAGCGACUACAGCUGCCUGCUACAGCAUCACAGUGCCUGGAUACAACAACAGAAGGGAGCUGGGUGGAAAACUGCUCAGUGGAAAGUCGCAGUAGUUUUAAUUGUGGACAUGGUGAGACUGGGAAUGCAAAUAGAGUCUUGAGUUUGUCUGUGAGUACUCCAACGUCAGACUUACGGCCCCAGGAGCCUGGCCUCGGCCCCCAAGUGGACUGGGUGUGUCUCAGUUCAAACACUGGGAGAGAUUACUGCCAAACAGAGCAGGAGGGAACGGAGCAGCCUGUUGUUUCCACCCAGAGUUUGAGUUUGCGUGACAGAAGUGAAGGAGCACAGAGUGGGGCAGAAGGGGAGAGCCUCACUGUGGGAAUCCUACCACCAGCAGGCUGUGAUAAACAGACAGAGGAAACUGAUAGAAGAGAGGCUGUGAUCUGGGAAGGACAGGAGGCCACGGAGGGAAAAGACAGAUCAGAGCAGGAAGCAGAGGACAGCACAGCUAGAAUCAGGGAGGAGGAGACCAACUCAGAGUCAACAGAUCCAAUAACGCCCAGUGGAGUCACAGAAGCUUCGAUCAUGGGCCAGUCCCUGUCAUCAGAGGGCUCAGAGGUAUCGGACACCUCUGAUUCUGAAAUGAAGGAGUGUUGUCAGGAAGGAGGGACUAGUGGGAAACUUUGCCAGGAGCUCUGGGACAGACUCUCUUUAGAGGAGGAGAAGGCAAAGAGUGAAGGGUUAACAGACCCUGUAUCAAACCCAGGGGACCUCCCCAACCCAUCGCUGAUAGACUGCGAUGAUGUAAUCAAGGAGCCUGAAUCUGCUGUUCCACGUCUCUUGAUAGAGAGCCUCCACGAGGGGGAACCUCCAGCAGACAUAAACAACCUGGAACAAAACCAGGAAACAGCUGGUAGGGAUUACGCUACAGAGCAGCAGUGGGGCUUGACUCCAGAAACCGGUUGUCAUUCUGGGAAUUGUACUGGAACAGCCAGUGGUGAAGAGGUAGGUGGCGAAGACAAAGUCGAACCUUCUGGAUACAAUAUUGAAAGUACCAGUUUUCCUAUGGACGAACCUGACAAUACAGCUGAUUGUCGGACUGCUGGUAACUCCAUGGAAGAUUUACAACCAGAUCCAUCACCUGAAAUGAUGCCCAGCUCCAGCAACAGACACGCUGAUCAUGAUUCAGGGAUGACCCCCAUCCUCUCCAGUGAUGAUGAUAGCAGUUUCCGAUCAGUCGGAAGCUCCACAACAGAUAUAUUCCACCCCACUCAGGACAAUGCUAGUAUGGAGGAUCAGGACUUGCUUCAAACCAAGAUAGCAGAUAUGUCCUCAACAGGAUUCAAGCAAGAGGAUGAUUCAAACCCUGGUGAGGGCAAUGAACAUGCACUAACCGUUGACGCAGGGCUCCCGUUGGAGCCGGGUGCUGUCAGUGCACUGACAGUGACAGACUGCAGCCAGACUGGCACUGAGGCUGAAUCACAACUAUCACCCAGCUUCCAGACAGCUGAGGCUUUUAAUCCUGAGGGGAUGAGAGAGAAACGUGCCCCAGAACUUUCCAGAGAGGAUCUGUUGUUAGAUCCGGCCUUGUCAGAGAGCGGGGAUGCUCCGAUGAUGAAGGCACAUGAAGGAGAAACUGGAGAAGCCAUUGACUCUGAACUGAAUGCAGUGAUUGAGCAUUCGACAUCAGAGGUCACCAGUAGAGUUUUAUUUGAACCCAGUUCAUCUGUUGCAGAAGAAAGUGAAGUGAUUGGCACGGUUGAAGGAGACCAUCAGUCAACAGAGACCAGUGAUGAAUCUGCCUCAGCUGAAACGAGUGGAGACCUGCAAAUGGUGCAACAGCAACCCAACCCAGAUAAUCCAGAGAUGACAGCAGAUGAAAGGUCACCUGAUGAGGGAUCAAGGCACUCAGAGGAUCAGGUCAAUGCAUCUUCAUUAAAAGGUGUCACUCCACUUUCAGAUAGCGCAGAUGUCAAUGCCUUGGAAGUAGAGCCUCCUCGCCUAAACAAUGAAGCAUACAGUGGACCUGAUGUUGAGAAUGAGUUGACUGAAAAUCCAAUGACUCUUGACACAGCGGAUGGAGCAUCACAAAUCCACAGCAGUGCAAUUCAAGUUGUGGAAGUCAUCAUGUCUGAAGAAACUGUAAUCGGUGCAGGGGAGGAAGAAAAUGGCCCCUCAGAGGAAACCGACUUCUCCAUGAUCCACCGAGACAGAGAGGCGUCGUUCCAUCAGUCCUGCAACACUCAACACUCAGGAUCCUCACAGUCUUCAGCAUUUCCCAGUUUGCCCAGUAGAACCAGCAGUGCCACCAGCUGUCCCUCCACAGCUCACAGAGACUCUGGCAGCGACAUCGAAAGCUUCCUGAACGUGGAGCCAGGAUAUGACAGUGUCUUCAGAAAGAACGAUGAACCAGUGACAGGAGGAGACAGUGCCAGCGAGGUUUCCAUCUCCUGUUCCUCGGCAGACGACACCGCCAGCGUUGGUCUGUCCAGCUCUAGUCCCGAGUGCAGCCAGGGCCUGGAAUGCAGCUGGAGCCCAGAGGAGAGCAUCCAGACUGGGGCUACUAUCACUGCAGGACUGGACAGUGGUGGUGGUGGUGGUGGUGGAGGAGCAGGAGAAGCUGAAGAAGAAGCCAAAGACAGAGUGACAGAGGUACCGCGGCGCUCCUGUCUACUACGGAACAGUAUCCGCUCCCUGUCGCCUCUUCGCCGCCACAGCUGGGGACCUGGAAAGAACAACGGAGGAGAAGCAGAGAUGAACCACAGGAGCUCUGCCCGUAGCCCUGGUGAGAGGAAGCCGACCUUUCACAGGAGAAGCUACAGCCUGGAGGGGCUCAGUGGGGCCCAGGAGGAGCUGAGGGGCCCCACCACUCAGGGGCCCCGAAUCCCGGAGCCUUCAAGGAUGCGCCGUCAUGACAGCGAUGACAGGGGCUCCCUGGUUUCUCUGACAGAGGAACAGGAGGAGCUGGGGGAUCAUGGAAGACUACAUGACCCAAAAUCAAGGCGGUAUCGCCCUCUGCGAAACAGCUGUCCUCCCUUGACCCUGCCCCUCACCAAGUCUGUAUCCAUGCUCGCCAUCAGCCACAGAGACAUUGAUGCAGUGGGACACCUGAGACGUAAGAGGCGCGUUUCCUUCUCUUUCAACCUUUCCCCCAUCCUCCCCAAAUCUAAGUCUCAGGUCGUUUAUGGGGACUUUUCAUCUAGCGAUGAUGAGGAUAACUUGAGUAUGAGGUCGUUUUCCAGCGCCUCUGGGUCCCUAGCAUACAGUAUAUCAGAGGAGGAGCCUGGCCCUCUGCGGAGCGACACUGAGGGAAAGAGUGUGACCAAAGUCAGUCGCACCUUCAGCUACCUCAAGAACAAGAUGUACAAAAAGACCAGGGAAAAGGAUCGAGAGAAAAGGGAGAAAGAGAAGGAGGGCAAGGAGAAGGACAAGAAGGCAAUUAAUGGUCAUAUUUUCACACCAGUGGGCUCGGGGGGGCAGGCAGCCCAGUGCUUCCAGUGCAAUAAGGCUUUCAACACCAAGGAGGCUUUCCAUUGCUCACACUGUAAUGCUUCCGUCCACAAGAGCUGCAGGGACAGCCUGCCUGUUUGUGCCAAGGUGAAGAUGAAGUUGCCCAAACAGCAGUUUGCAGUACCAGAUUCAAGCUCUUUUCCUACAGUCACGUUGAGGAACAAAUCUGGUGGGACAAGGGAGCGUCCCUGGUCUGCCAUCUUGUCCCCUGAAGACCAUUCUUCCCUGAUGAUCCCAUCACGGAGACACACCAGCAUCAUGACUUUCCAUGGCAACAACCUCUCCAAGAGUCUCUCCAUAAGCAACAUCGCUGGUCCGGUGUUUGACGACAUGCCCAUUAAAGGCCUGCGGUAUCUCUCCCAGUCUACUGACUCCCUCAACAGAACCAACCAGGUCACAGAGUCCAUGGAAUCGCUCACUGAUGAAGGGACGGAGAUGAUGGACGGCCAGCUGAUGGGGGAGUUUGAGGCAGACUCCAAGGAGCUGGAAGCUGACUCGUGGAGUUUAUGUGCGGAGCAGCAGUACAUGCAGCAGCUGGACAAAGAGCUGGUGAAGAAACAGGACGUCAUCUAUGAGCUGAUGCAGACGGAGAUGCAUCACAUCCGGACGUUGCGCAUCAUGUCAGAAGUCUACAGCAAGGGCCUGCAGAAGGAGGUGCAGCUGGAGCUGCAGACGGUGGAGAAGCUGUUCCCCGUUCUAGAUGAACUCCUGGAGCUCCACACGCAGCACCUCCUCCGCCUCCUGGAGAGGAAGAGAGAGUGCCAGCUGGAGGCGGGGAGCUCGGAGGGAGGCUUCAUCAUCAACAGGAUAGGAGACAUCCUGGUCAGCCAGUUCUCAGGAUGCAACGGUGAAAGCAUGAAGCGGGUUUACGGGAGAUUCUGCAGCCGCCACAACGAAGCCGUCAACUUCUACAAGGAGCUCCUGACCAAAGACAAACGCUUCAAGGCCUUUAUCAAAGUAAGAAAAAAGAUGAGUAGCAGCAUUGUGCGGAGGCUUGGUAUCCCAGAAUGCAUCUUGCUCGUGACCCAGAGGAUAACAAAGUAUCCGGUGCUAAUUCAGAGAAUCCUGCAGCACACUAAAGAAAGCGAGGAAGACCACGACGACCUGACGGACGCCGUUCGGCUUGUGAAGGAGGUGAUCGCAGCAGUUGAUAGCAAGGUGAACGACCACGAGAAAAGACGCCGCCUGAAGGACUUUCACGGCCGCAUGGACAGCAAGUCCAUCAUGAUGAUGAAGAGUGGUCAGAUCUUUGCCAGGGAGGAUCUGCUGAGGAGAAGGCUGAUCCACGAUGGAGUGCUGCAGCUGAAGAACUACCAGGGAAGACUAAAGGAUGUCCACGCUCUGCUACUAUCAGACGUCUUUGUCUUCCUCCAAGAGAAAGACCAGAAAUAUGUCUUCGCCAUGCUGGACCAGCGCUCCACGGUCAUCUCCCUGCAGAAGCUGAUAGUGAGGGAGGUUGCAAACGAAGAGCGCGGCCUCUUCCUCAUCACGGCAGGCAUCGAGAAGCCGGAGAUGAUGGAGGUCCUGGCCAGCUCCAAGGACGAACGCAACACCUGGAUGCAGCUCAUCCAGGAAGCCAUGCAGUCCAUGGAUAAAGAUGAGGAUGAAGGCAUUCCCAGUGAGACGGAAGAUGACAAGAGACAACUGGAGACGAAAGCCAAGGAGAUGAGAGAUCUGUUGAGGCAGAAGGACACAGAGAUCGUGUCUCUGCUGGAGGAGAAGGUGCAGCUCUUCAGGGGGAUGUGGGAGGGCUCGACCCCAGGCGAGGAGGUCUGCCAGCAGGUCCAGCCUUUCUUCAGGUCAGCCUGUAGCCUGGAGCCACCCAGGGGGGCGUCUAUCAUGAAGGAUGCCCUGCAGGAAGUGGAGACGUUACAGGGGCUGGUGAACGGCAGCCUGGGCGGGGCGAUGGCCAGCAUCCAGGAGGGAGGAGGAGGAGGCGCGGGGCCGGUGUGUUUGCCCCGUCGGGCCGAGACCUUCGGAGGCUUCGACAGCCACCAGAUGCACAGCAGUAAGAGUGGAGACGGCGACGAGAGCGACGAGACGGCGGGAGAUCUGCGCAGGACGGAGUCCGACAGUGUUUUAAAGAAGGGAGGAAACGCCAACCUGCUGCUGCUGCUGAAAAGGAACAGUGAGCAGGUCCUCCACAGUGUCUCCAAUCUGCAUCUCCUGCUCAGCACUCUGCAGGCGGUGGUGGUGCAACAGGACAGUUUCAUAGAGGACCAGCGGCAGGCCCUGAGUGAGCGCUCCUCCUCCUGCACGUCUUUAUCGCGGGCGUCCUCGCGGCCCGGCUCGCUGAUUGAACAGGAGAAGCAGCGCAGCCUGGAGAAGCAGCGGCAGGAGCUGGCAUCCCUGCAGAGACAGCAGGCAGCUCAUGCCGAGGAGAAGAGGAGGAGGGAGAAGGAGUGGGACACGAGGGAACAGCAGCUGACUGAAAGGGAGGGGCUGGUGCACAUGCAGCAGGAGGAGGAGGUCCUGAAGCAGCAAAAGGAGCUGGAGGAGGAGAAGCAGAGGCUGCAGAGUAAGAAGGAGGCGUACCAGAAAGACCUGGAGAGGCUGAGAGACGCCCAGAGGAAGCUGGAGAGGGACAGAGAGGCUGUGCAGCGCCAGUACGACAAGAUGGAGGAGCUCCGCCUGUCUGAGAGGACUCCCUCUACGUCAGAUGAGUCCCAGCUCCCCGGCAGCUCCCAGUCUCUGGAGCUGGACCCGCUGGAGUUGUCCUCCCCCUUCCUGCUGAAGCUGCAGCCCCAGCGGUCUAGGCCCAAAGGGAAAGGCCUGAAUCCCUUUACCUCAUCCUCCAGCAACCUCAAAGGCAGCGAUGCCAACAACCAGAUCUCAAAGAGCCUGCUGCAGCUGGCCAAGAACAAGAGCAAAGAGGAGAAGCAGAAGGAGAAGAAGAAGAAGAAGGGCAAAGGGGGGAGCACACUGACAGCAGACCCCCAGCACCUCCCUGAGCCUCCUCUGGAAGGAGAGAUCUUCUUCUGCUGAGAGAAGUGUCUCUCCUCAUCAUCAUCAUCAUCAUCAUCAUCAUCAACAUCAUCAACCCAUCACAGCCAUUCCAGAGGGAUGUAAUACAUUCAUCUGCAUACGUAAUACUGCAGUUUACUGCCAGGCUUUUUGGCACCUUUUUGAAUCACCUUGAAAAUACUUUUUUUCUGUAUCAUGACGAAGAGAAAUUUAACAUUACAUGCAAUACAAAGACAAAAAUAUAUUUUCUUUUACAUUGAAAUCCUCUGCUUCUAGUUUCUGGAAAGUACAAACAUUUUAGGGAUUUUGUUAUGGUGUGCAAGUUGGCAUACAUUUGCACUUGCAGUACAUAAAAAUAGGCAACAUGGAAUAGCAGCAUUUUUGGGGUAUUCUGUUCCUUUUUUUCUUCCAAAAUACACCAUGGUUACGUGAAGUAGAUUCAUUUCUUCAUUUCGAGUUCACAGUAGGCUGCCUCACACGCUCUGCCAAGUAUGUCACAGGCUCCACUGCCUUUUUGUUUGCGUGUUUUUUUAUGGUCCCAACUUUUCAACAGUCCAUUCUGGUAUUAAGUUCCACACCAACAGGCUGUUAUAUUAUUUAUGGAAGCUAAAAGUCCAAUGUUUCAUUCAGAAAUGCUACUGUAUAGAUCCACAUUGAAAGAAAAUUGCAGCUGAGCAUUCCUUUACUCACUAUUUGAGUAAUAAAUUUGGUUACGUCCACUAAUUUUGUCUCCGGUUGGUAAGCAAAAUUGAAUUGAAAUACCAUCAGUAAUCCUCUUUAAAGAUGUUAUGCCAUCAAUCUUGUUCCUUGGCUCGGUUUUAAUUUAUUUGAAUAAUGGAUAUUUCCAUUUUGGAGUGACACUCUUCAGAUGUGUGUCUCUUUUCCCAGACUCAACAGUAAUGAACAGAUUGAGACAUAUCUUCCAAAGUCUAAUGGCUCAAUUCGUAUAAUUUAGUGUGUUUUAGAGCCUUGGAUGGAUAUUAGCUUGAUCCCUGCUGUAUCUGCCUGUCAGUGGGCUUUUAUCCAGCCCUCAUCUUUCAUCUGAGCGCUGAUGAGUGGGGCUUUCCUUUGCUUUUUAAUUGCAUGUAACUCUGCAGGUAGCAUACUAAUGGCUUCUGUCUGUUAAAUAGUUCAACUUUCUCUUUCAACCUCCCUCUUUCACUUCUGAUAACAGCUGAUGGUUUCAGGAAACAGAGGCUGUUAAUUUAGGUAAAAAGCAGCUGGUUAGAGGAACUGAAAAAGGACGUUAACUAAAAACACCAAAUGAUGCUAUGUGUCCCUCUUUGGACGUCUGAUGACUAAACCUGCUCAGCAGGUACCGCCUGAGUGUCUGAUCAUUACAAAUGAAUCAACACUCAUCAGUGUUGCUGAGCACUUUUGGUAAUAAUAUGUUGAUGCUUUUUGUUAUCAGUGUGAAAUAUCAAUUGAGGAGGUCUUUCUAUUCUGUGGAGUUUUUGAAUAGAGGGCACUGAUGCUCAUGAAAAGCAACAAAUAUCCAAAGCGAGAUAAUGUGUUUAAGUACAUGAAAGAUGCUGCGGCUCCUUUUGGUUAGUGUUGAAAUGGAAAUAGGGGCCGGUAGCUUUAAUAUAACGUUUCCAAGGUGACCUGUCUGACCUGUCUUAAUUUUGAAGCCUGUGUUUUAUCCCCACUAUGCCCAGAUAGUGGGCCACACACUACCUGCUGGACAGGUAGGAAGUACAAACAGAAGAAGUUAAAAAAAGGAACUACAGAGCAGUGCCACUGAACUGCUUUCUUGCUGCCUCUUUUGUCUUGUGUUUAAGUGCUGGUUUGAUAACUUGACGUCUGUGUUGAGGAUUUGACUUCAUGUCCAGGCUGUUUUAUUAUAGUGUGUCUUCUAAGAGGCUUACAGGGCCAGCCAAUUAGUAGCUUCAUGUCUUUUGUUUAUGGCUUUGGUGUAAUCCUGUCAAAGAAAUGGAGAGGAAUGGUCUUUUUUUCUGUUGCUUUAGGUGUGUUUUGACCACUAGGGAGCACUGCACAUAUGACUAAAUGAGUUCCCUCCCUCUCACAACAACAACCAGAAAGUAUGAAACUAUUGUUUUUAAAUGUUUUUUUUUUUAGUUUUUUUUUUUUAACAUAUUCUCCCUGCAUAUUUUUCUCAGCGGGUCAUUGCCGUACAGAGAUAAUGUGAUGAGCGUGGGCUCACACACAUUUUCCCCACGGCAUUUGUAAUUGACUGCAGAAACAAAUAAGUUGUCAGAGAUUGUAAUUGGUUAUUCAGUGAAACCAGUCAGCAGCAGCUUUAAUGUGUAAAAAAAGAAGGUCUACAGUUGGUUGGAGGAAGCGACCGACAGAACCACAAACCUCUCUCUCUGUAAAGGACAAUCAGCAGACACGAGUCAGGAAAAUGAACUCCCCCCACCCCUGAAAAUGAUUGGGCUGUCCAUGAGACGAGUGUGUCCAUCAGGUGAACCCUGCGCAGCCUUAAAUCUAAAGGAUAAAAUGCACUAGAGUAGAACCCAGGAGAGAGAGGAGAGCUUUUAUACCUCUGCUUUGAAACAAAGGAAAUGUUUGUACUAUAAAAGU